GGACGCAAGCACGCCUUUAACCAACCGACAGAUAUGCCUGUCCCAACUCAUGCAUCUGCCGAGGUUGUGAAGCAAGAGUCAGGCUACAUUAAACAAGUUGACUGGCGUUAUUUUCUGCAAGUAACAAAGACUACACUAGAGUCUUCUGGUAAAGGUUGGACUAAUUUUAAAACUGUUCCACCAAAGGACAAAAGAGAGUAUUUUGAAGAUGUAAACAAGGGACUGGAACGCGGUGGGCUGAAGCCUGCUUCCGAAGAAGUCCUUGAUUGGCGACUGGAAAAGCUCAUGCGGCCGCCAUCUCAAAGGAAUGUUAGAGAUCGAACCGCUAAUUCGUCUUCUGUGACAACGCCGCCCGCCAGUAGACCAUUUGAUCCAGUCAGAGACUUAGAAUGAAGCCAGUGUGAGGAGGGGAGUGCAGACUAAUGGGGGCGAUAGCAGGAUCCAGUGAACAGAUUGCCAAUUCCGUUGGGUAAUGCCGACAGUUGUUUGUAAUCUCUUUCGUAGCUCACGCUGUGCAACCACCUUCCUUUCUUUUUCUAUCAUGUUCCGAUUAGAUGAUCAUUUGCGUUUUCAGACGACACGAAUCUCACACCAACGACAAUCAUGUCCGUCUUUGUAAGAGCGGAACAAGUAUCAAAAAGAAAUAAACCACUGCAGGACAUCACCUUGCUGUAACA